AUGGCAGAUACUCGAUGCGCGGCCGACCCUCAGGCCGUCGCUGGCGCGAUGACCAAUAUCGCCCACUCAACAAACGUCGACGAGGACGACAGCAGUUUAUCUUCGACCGGAACUGAUAUCUUCGAUCGAAUAUCCGACGGCUCAAUUCACAAAGACAAGUGGCAACUCGAUGUGAAUGGUAAAUGGCAGCGAUAUGGCUCCUCAGAUUCCGGCCCCAGCACUGGCAUUUCUUCAGUAUGCUCAUCUGUCGCAGCCGAAGAGCCUCCUAACGACAGGAACAAAAUCAACACACCCUCGAAAAAGCGCCUGUCCGACGGAACAUUGAAAACUUCGGCGACGAAACCGAACUCCCCUGCGACGGUGGCACCGAUAUUGCCUACUCAGACAGAUAUCUCCCCGACGAUAGAGCCGCAACCACCUCAGAAAAUCCCAAAGAAACGGGGACGACCACCGAAAGUGAGGCCUCCUGUGACUGAGACCGCCCCUACCACCACUGUACAAUCUUCACCAAAGGUCGGACGGCCGGUCGGCAGGCCUCGGAAAGUACCUCUACCAGAUAUCAAAUUUCGACCGCGCUCAUCGAUUCCAUCUCGUCUGCCAGCAGAUGUCUUCGCCAGUGAAUGUAUCGAAGCGGCCAACGCAUCUCGGCUCGAUCCCUACUCGUUGCAUGCGGGUGAGCACAAACUUCUCAUCGACCUGCUCAUGUCGAAGGAAAUCACAGUCUAUCUCAAUAUACGAAAUGCGAUUCUCAGAUUAUGGCACCAAAACCCUCUCUGUAGCAUCACAAUGGAAGAGGCAGCGGGAUGUGCCAAGGAAAGCCGCUUUUUCGGUCUUGCAGAGGUCGCAUAUCGAUGGUUGACCCGGAACGGCUACAUCAACUUUGGCUGCAUCGAACAUCCGAAAGAUCCUUCAAUACCGCAAAAGUUCAGUAAAGAAGCUAGACAACGGACAGUGGUGGUCAUUGGUGCUGGUGUCUCCGGUCUUACGACCGCACGACAAUUGGAAGGCCUCUUCAGACGACAGGCUGCCAAAUGGGUCGGCAUGGGUGAACGCCCUCCAAAGGUCAUUGUACUCGAAGGGCGAAAACGUAUCGGCGGUCGAGUGUAUUCGAAGCCACUUCGAAGUCAAGUGAAAGACAGCCUACCUGACGACCUGCGCAACACCGCCGAGAUGGGAGCAAUGAUUGUCACCGGCUUCGAGCAUGGCAAUCCGCUUGAUACGAUCAUUCGCGGUCAACUUGGUCUGCGAUAUCAUCUGAUGAAGGAUGCCCUGACAAUCUAUGACACCAACGGCAGGCCUAUCGACGAGAAGAAAGACAUGCUCAACACUGAGUUGUACACCGACAUUUCGGACAGAGCAGGCGAAUUCCGAGCGGAGCCUCAAAGGCAAGAGACACUGAAGGGUGACGAAGACUUGAUCAACCGCUGCCGUGACCCUGCUCCUGAUGGCUUUUCCGCCUUUCAACUCGAGCCCCUACCUUCAGCACACAUCAAAGCACACAAGCCAUCUGCCAGACGAGGGCGUCGGCGUAAUGCACCACCAGGAACAGAAAAGCUCACUGGCAGAAGCCAAGUCAUCGAAGGAAGCAGCGCAAUGCACAGUGCCUCGCGUGCUGUGAAAGAUAUGGGCUGGGAAGUAAGAGAAGGCAUCGCUCGAAAUCAAAGCAUUUCACUACAACGUGUCGCGAACGCUAGCGAUUACCCAACGCUGGGGACUGUUAUGGACGAGGCCAUCAUACAGUAUCAAGAUCUCAUCAACUUGAACCCGGUCGACAUGCGGCUUCUCAACUGGCACCAUGCAAAUCUCGAAUACGCCAACGCGGCGCCUGUGUCGCAGCUGAGCCUCAGUGGCCACGACCAGGAUACCGGCAAUGAGUUCGAGGGUGCCCACUCAGAAAUCGUUGGCGGAUAUACCCAAGUGCUGCGAGGUCUCAUGAACCUCCCGACCAAGCUCGACGUUCGAUUCAAUCGAAUUGUGGACAGCAUUCACUACGAUGACGGCAACCACGAGAGUCAUGAAGCACUGCCAACCAAAAUCGUUUGCACCGACGGAGAAGUAAUCGAAGCUGAUGAAGUGGUCAUGACUGCGCCUUUGGGUGUUUUGAAAUCCGGUGCCAUUGACUUCGAUCCGCCUUUACCAAGGUGGAAGCAAGGAGCUGUCGACCGCAUGGGGUUUGGUCUGCUGAACAAGGUCAUCCUCCUCUACGACAAGCCUUUCUGGGACGACGAACGAGACAUGUUUGGUCUGCUCAACGAAGCUGAACAGAAAGCCAGCCUUGACCCGUCCGAUUAUGCGAGAAGAAGAGGUCGAUUCUAUCUCAUCUGGAACUGCUCAAAAAUCAGCGGAAGGCCAAUGCUCAUUGCACUGAUGGCAGGGAACGCGGCACACGAGGCGGAAUGGACGGAUACCAACACACUCAUGACUGAAGUCACGGAUCGGCUACGAACCGUCUUUGGCCAGAACAGGGUACCUGCGCCGCUCGAAGUGAUUGUGACGAGGUGGAGAAGAGAUCCUUUUACCAGGGGCACAUAUUCAUACGUUGGACCGGAGACUCGACCGGGCGACUACGACCUCAUGGCGAAGUCUGUUGGCAGCCUGCACUUUGCAGGAGAGGCCACCUGUGGCACCCACCCUGCAACUGUUCAUGGUGCGUUUCUGUCUGGAUUACGCGCGGCUGCAGAUGUCAUGGACAGCAUGGCCGGUGUGAUCAAGCUUCCCAGUCCACUUGUUGGGCCUCCUCCGAUCAAGCAGGAGAUGAUGGCGCAUUUUGCACCUCCUCAGCAGCCGAUCCUACACGCACCUCUCGAUCAGCAGACAACAAUGGCACUCAGUGCCAGUUUGACUCAGACUGCACAGGUAGAUACCUACCCAGGUGGACCAAUCAUCAAGCAAGAGGAAGAGAACCUCCAACUCACCGACAUUCCCGUAACAACCACCACCUAUUGGGCCCCAGCCAAACCCUCCGGGCCUCCAGCCAAAAGCGUCUGCGCGACAGACCCCUCCUUCUGGGUGGCCCCCAGCUACGACUCCUCGGACCUCGACUACGAAGCCGCCGUCAUCAGUGUAAUCCUCACGCAAAUCGGCGACCGGCCCGUCAAACCCACCCGCCCCGGCGUCAACCCCUUCCUUCUCUUCACCAAAGCCAAAUGGGAAGAAUGCAAAGCCUACUGCGCCAAAGAACUCUCCAACUCCGGCCGCGACAUGAUUCGGCAGACUAUCGGGAAGUGGUGGAAGGCGGCGGACGACAAGGCCAAACAACCGUACCUUGUGCAGAGCCAGACGGCGCAAGAGCUUGCGGAUCAGAUCCGGAAGGACUGGGAGGAGAAAGUCGCGACGUGGGAUAAAGAGGCGAAGAGGAUCAGGGAGGAGUAUGCGAGGGAACAUCUGCCGCCGGCGUCGAAGAGUGUGGGUGGUGGGAGUGCUGGAGGGAGUGGGAAUGGGGUGAGCAGGAGGAAGACGAACGUGAGUAACUGUGUGGUUUUGGAUCAUCUUUAA